AUGAGAGGGACAGAAGCUCUGCUGCAGAACACACCUCAUCUCCAUUUUAACUGGAGGGAGGAGAGCGGAGAGAUUCAGUCUGAGCCAAUUUACUCUUCAUCUCUAGUGACGGAGAGAGGAGAGCUAGGGAAGCGAUAUAUCAGGAAUCUGAAGAGAUCCACAACGAGAGGAGAAGAGGAAUGUGAAGCAGUUACAAAGAAAGCAAUGAAGAAAUGACAGAGAGAUGUAGUCGGUGCUUCAGUUGCGCGAGCCACUACGCUGGAAGUCCUCCACCUGUGGCCAUGAUGUGAGAUCGAUAAUGUGAAAUCGAAGGCCGUCUUCGAGCUUCAGCCAUUGUGCAGCCCCAGAUGCUCUACUGCUGAAAUCAAAAUUAAAACACUCGCAUGGGUCCUUGACUACAAAUAGGAACAUAAACACUUCAGUUGUUUUAGUUGUGUUGUGGCCGCUGUAGAAGGCUGUUAACAAUACAAUUGCUAUCUGUUCACAAUUUAUGAAUAGUGACAAUGAACCAUCUGGCCCUUUUUGCAGACACACCUUAAAACUGUUGAUUGCACAACUUCACAUCCAUUUGUGGUCCAAAUGACUCGUCUCACAUCCCCAUAAAAAACUCUUUCUCACUUUGUCUGAAUCAGCUGCUGUGACCGGCGAGGAUUAUGAGGCCGACUUUAGUGUUUCUACAUUUGCACUGUCUCCUGUUUGUGUUUGUUGGUGUGUGUGUCCCCAUUGCUGUGGGCUCGCUACCACCAUUACCAUGGCACGUCUCCUGCCCGGUGCGGUGUGUGUGUCAGAUCAAGCCGUGGUUCUCCCCUGACUCUGUCUACCAUGAAGCUCCCACUGUGGACUGCAACGAUCUGCUCUUGACCAAGCUCCCCUUACCCCUACCCCCGAACACACCCCUGCGCCUGCAGAGUAACCUUCUGUCGGAGCUCGACACCGCGGUGCUGCAUGGACUGACCAAUCUCACCGACCUCGACCUUUCCCAGAACCGUUUCAGCCAUGUCAGGACAAUAAGUCAGAACACCUCCCUGUCCUCUCUACUAUCUCUACACAUGGGAAACCAUCUCAGUCACCUCCCUGAGGCCUCCUUCUCCCUCUCUCUGACAGCAUUGCAGGAACUGUUCCUCAGCCACAACUUACACGUGAUAGCACCUGGAGCCUUCACUGGUCUCACCUCCCUACUGCGUCUACAUCUCAACAACAACAGGCUCACCACUGUUGACCCUCGCUGGUUCAGGGCUUUGCCCAACUUAGAAGUUCUCAUGCUUGGUGGAAACCCUGUGGAGGCACUUCCAGAAAGAGGCUUCCUGGCCCUGAAAUCCCUCCGAAGUCUUGUACUUGGUGGUAUGGGUCUGAGAGGAUUGGCUGAAAACGCACUGGAAGGGUUGGAGGGCCUAGAGAGCCUCUCCUUCUAUGACAACCUGCUGACAAAGGUCCCCACUCAGGCCCUAAUAAAAGUACCAGGACUGAAGUUCCUUGACCUCAACCAAAACCGCAUUAAACUCGUUGAGACAGGAGACUUCCGAGACAUGGCAGAUCUGAAAGAGCUCGGCUUGAACAACAUGGAGGAGCUGGUGUCCAUUGAAAGAGCCGCCCUGGAGAAUCUUCCAGAGCUCACCAAACUGGAGAUCACCAACCCACGACUGUCCUUCAUUCAUCCGCAGGCUUUUCUCCGGCUGAGCAGGCUUGAGAGUCUAAUGCUCAACUCCAACUCCCUGAGCGCACUUCACCAGCACAUCAUGCUCUCCCUGCCGAGUCUUCAGGAGGUCAGCUUACACUCCAACCCACUGCGAUGCGACUGCCUGUUUCAUUGGGCCGCUGAGGACGCCUCUCACACUCACAUUGAAGACACACAGACAAAGAAACAUUCACCUCGGAUGGUGCGUUUCAUCCAACCGCUGGCCACGCUGUGCUCUGAGCCCCCAGAGCUGAGAUCUCGCAGGGUGAGAGAGGUGUCCUCCAGGGAGAUGUCGGCCUCGUGCCUCCCCAUGAUCCCUACCAACUCUCUCCCUUCCUACAUUGGGGUAAGAGAAGGAGGAAAACUCGUGUUGCACUGCCGAGCUCUUGCAGAUCCACAACCUGAACUGUACUGGGUGAUGCCCUCUGGACUGAGACUUGGUCAUGCACCGAGCCAGGCCUCCAAGGGUUUACCAAUUUCUGCUCCCUGCCACAGCCUGACCGCCUCUGAGGGGUUCAACAACACAUCCAGCUUUUCUCCUGGUCAGCCUCAGGAUAAUACUGCCUGCAAUCCCUCUCAACACUACCGGCUGCUGCCUGAGGGAACUCUGGAAAUAAACAAGGUCACCCAAAGCGAGGCAGGCUUGUAUACCUGUGUAGCUGAGAAUGCACUGGGAGCAGACACACACACUGUUACUGUGGGUGUGCAUGGAAGGGUAAAGAAAAGAAAGAGGGGGAAUGCUGCUAAAAUGAAGGGAUAUCAGUUUAGAGUGGAUGCCAGGUUGGAAGUGAGAGAUGUCGGACAACACUAUGCCAUCCUGUCCUGGCAGAGUGGGCGAAACCUUCCUUCAACUCGUCUAUACUGGCAAGCCAUAUCCUCAAACGCACACACGCCUACAUACACCACACGCAUCCUGGCUGGCACACAGAGCUUCAUAACCCACCUUCAGGCGGAGACAUUUUACAGAGUGUGUCUGCGUUUAGGGAUCAGUGAGGGUGCAAAGCGUGCCAGCAGGAGAUCAAGAGAGAGCAGAAAGUCUCAGUGUGUUUCUUUCAGGACGAAGGAUGUCCCAGAGCCUCAGCGCAGCCUGCAGCUAAGCCCAGAGCUGACCUCCACCGCAGUCACACUACUGCUCCUCGCACUCAUACUGCUGCUGCUGGCAGGCCAGGGAGGGGACAAUGAGCCUGGCAAGGGGGCAGGAAAGCACAACAGUACCAUACUCAAGGAAGUCAACAGUCCUAAAGUUCUGAUCAUCAAUCAUACAGACGGAAGCACUGCACAUUAGCCGAAUCAGAGUGAGGAACUGCUGUUGCAUCAUGACUGCUGGGAUAGUUAUGUUUGUGCUUAUCAAAUACAGACAAAACACUGAUAUACUCACACACACACACACACACACACACACACACACACACACACACACACACACACCACACACACACACACACACACACACACACCACACACCACACACACACACAUAAUGUCAAAUAGUACCUUGUAAAUCGCAGCUUAAAGAGAGGAGUCAUGAAUUUAUAAUUUAUGUAGAAAGAGAUUUGUAUUUAUUUUAUAUACCAUAUAAAUAUAUAUUGACAUUAUUUCUGUGUAAAGUUGUAUUGUAAAUGCCCAAACCCUAACCAGGGAAAUACAAGUGGACAAUCAGACUGCUGCAGCACAGUGAGGGAUCUAAGGAGGAACAAAUGACUCUGAGCUGUCGAUGAACUGAAAUGAAAGAUGACAUUAUAUAAGCCAGUGACGGAUAUUUGCAGAGGUGAGCAGUCCAAAUCUCCAGAGCGUCCGUCUUGUUCCUGUCUACAUGUCCACAGACUCAACCAUUCUCUCUCCGAGCAGAUGAACUGUCUUGAGACAUAAACUGAAAGAAAUCCCUAAUUGAUAUAAAUAUCCCUUUUUUCUUAUCUUUCACUCCCUUAAACUGGGUUGUCAUGUGGAUUACAUCAUACAGUAAACUCAUCCUGACUUCCUCCCGAACUCCCCGUAUCUUCUUUCAGCAUUUAAGUGGUCUAAAAGUGAUUGUGUUAAACUCUAUUUGAGCUAUUAUACAAUAAAAUAUUUUUAAUUUACA